AGUAGCGCUCAGGUGUGACUCGAGGAAGGUCCGUGUUUCCGUCGUCCAGAUCCCGAGCAGGAGGCCGCCGCGCGAUCAUCAAGAUGCCCUGCUCAGCCGUCACGCUGUCCAUGGCCACCAUCACGGCCAUCGUGGCCGUCGCCCUGCUGGCCAUCGCCUUCUCCACCGACAACUGGCUCUACAUCGAAGUGAAGCGCGCCCAGAUACAGCAAUACGCGGCGAAACGCGGCGGCCAAGACAACCUGCUGGACAACAUGAACAAGAAGUACUACUACUACACCCGCACCAAAGGACUCUUCCGCAUCUGCUACCCCAAGGAGCGCCCGCCCACAAUUGCCACAUACCUCAGCCCAGUUGAGACACAUUGCCACAACAUUGAUUAUUACAUCCAUGCUGGAGAGGACACUACCAAGACAUUCUCAGAAGAUGCAAUGGCCAGGAUCCACAUGGGUCGUGCUAUGAUAGCACUCUUCAUUGUGGCAUUUAUUGCUAUAUUUGUCGCCUUCUGGACUGGAGUUGCUGGUUGCUGGAGAAGAUCACCAGGAAAUGUGACUGCCACUGCGAUAAUGAUGCUGCUGGCAUGUCUCCUGAGUGCAGGAGGUAUGGGACUCUGGCAUGGGGUUGAAUAUUACGAGAAAGAGAAGAUUGUUGGUGAGGAGUUCUAUCGGCAGUGGAACCCCGCACUACAAGCAGAGACGACCAUCUCCUAUGACUGGUCAUACAUCAUGGCGUGGAUCAGUGUUGGAUUCUCCCUUGUUUCAUCUUCAUUAUUCCUCAGCGCUGCUGUCUGCCUACGUAAUGAGAAAGAGGCAGAAAAAGUGAAGAAUGUGCAGUACAUCAUGCCAGUGUACCCACAGAAACAGCAGUAUGCUUAUGCCACAGGAUACCCAGCCCCUUCGGCAUACCCUGGGCCAUACUAUCAUGGUUCUCAGUAUGGGCCAUACAACUAUUAAGUGCAGCCUGCACAAGAAAUAGGAUGUUAUUUAUGACCAGCUGCACUGUUAAUGUGUUGAAAACAACAUAUUCCUUCAACUGGUCCAAAUGUUCGCAGAUAUGGUUUUUUCUCUGCUGAAGGACCAAUGCUCAUAAUAAAUUUCAGUCAGACAAAAGGAUUCAAAAAUUAUGUAAUUUUGGUUUUUCUGGACAUUAGAUUCUGAACUGACUGAACAAGUGCCUAGCCUUCCCUCACAACAAAAGCCUACUACAUCCAUAUGACUGUAUGAUCCUGUGCAUGGAAUGUGUAAGUGGACACUAAGGGAGAGUGCAUAUUAAUUUUUUAUCCACAUACAUAUCUCGAAGGUGCUUUGUCAUAGAACUGUUAUAAUUUAUGAUGGAAUAUUAUAUGGUGAAAUGCUGUAUACUCUGUUCACCAUAUAGUCCUUCUAUCUGCUGUCAUUGCUUUUGUGCUGAUAUGUAUUUACUUGUGAGUGAGGAUGGGAAUGUGUGUGUGUGUGUGUGUGUGUGUGUGUGUGUGUGUGUGUGUGUGUGUGUGUGUGUUUUAUACGUAAGUGACCAGAUACAUAAUCAUGCACCUGUCUGUAUACAUGGUGCUUGUCUUUGUGUAUGAAUAGUCACAUUGCAUAUGAACUGAAUAUUGAAAUAAUGGUAAAAAAAGUAUGAAAUUUGCUGUCUUGUGAACAUAUUAGUAGUAAUACUGUUUGGACAGAUGUGCUUCUGUGGCAGGAGUUAGACACAUGAACAAAUAAUUAAAAAAUCAAACUGGUCUGCAAUUUACCAAAGAGGAGGUGAAAAUAUUUCUUGUCAGUGAACAUGAAUGAUGACUUGUGCUUCCACAGAGUGUGUAUGUGAGAGAGAGAGACAAAAGCAACUGCUUGCUGUUAAAAUUCAUGAAGAAAUUCCAUAAAAUAAGUGUGAUAUAUGAAUUAAAUUGAACUUGUAGAAGUUCCAGAAUAGAAUUUGUGGGUUAAUAUUAUUAAAUCAUUUUUGUUUUUGUUUGUAUGCAUAACAUCAGAGAGCUCAAAACAGAAAAUGCUGAAAGGAGAAAAUUCUAGAAAGAAAAUAUGUGAUUUUUUUUUCAAGAAUAUUUAUUUACUUAAUGUUUAAGUUACAAGAAACUGUGAAUUCACAUCAUCAUCUAUGUUGUGUGCUUGAUGUUUAGGUAGCAGCAGACCUUUAGAUGGAUGUAUAUUAUUAAAUUACUGCAGUGCAUUAACAAGAGUUUCUUUUUAUGUUGUGAGAUAUAUUUCAGGCAUUGAAGCCUCAAUUUUCUACAAAGAUUGUAUCAUAUUUUAUGUAUAAAUCCAAUAAAAAUAAUUUUUUUACCUAGUA